CCUUUUUCUCUUUCGUUCGACGCUGAAAGCAUUGCUUCAAGUCUUAUUUCGCCGCUAAGGGUGUCCUUGACGCUGAAACCGACAGGACCCCCCUGGAAAAGACAGUCAUUUCGUGGUCAAUAUCAGGCAGCAAGCACUAGGCUGUACGCCCGACAAUGAGCGCCAGAAAGGAGGAACGGCGGACAGAGCAUAGACAUUCGACGCCGUCGUCACCGCCAGACGGCGUUGUUGAGCUCGCGGGUGACGAGUCAUCAUCAUCACACUCAAUGUCACCCACCAUGACCGACUCUGCACCACCCAUGUCGGCGUCCACCUCUGCCACGCCACCACCGGACAGUGCUACCUCGUCCAAGAUGUCGACGCCUCCGCCGUCACUGACUCCCAAGUCCAAAAAGCCACUGCCUUCAGCGCCCCAAUUGAUUGGGCAUUUGCCUGUCGCUCGCACCGAGGCACUGAGUUCGUUUACAGAGAUGGCUGACAAUUGGUAUCAAUACAAGUCCCUGGGACGCUCUAGGGAGCUUUUGGAGAGCAUGAUUUGUGAUUGUACCUAUGAGCCUGGCGAGGACAGCCCAGAGGAUGCCUGUGGGCAGGGCUCCGAUUGCAUCAAUCGUCUUACGCAAGUCGAAUGUCUCCUGGACGAUUGUCGAUGUCAAUCGUACUGCCAGAACCAACGCUUUCAAAACAAAGAAUAUGCGUCGAUUGAGAUAGUAAAGACGGAGAUGAAAGGCUACGGGCUUAGGGCUGAGGAGGAUCUGCCAAAGGACACGUUUAUCUAUGAGUACAUCGGCGAUGUCGUCAACAAUCAGUCGUUUAAGAAACGUAUGAGAGAUUAUGCGUCGGAGGGGAUUGAGCAUUUCUAUUUCAUGAUGCUGCAGAAGGAUGAGUUCAUUGACGCCACCAAAAACGGUGGUAUUGGGCGGUUCGCCAAUCAUAGUUGCAAUCCAAACUGCUACGUCGCCAAAUGGACUAUUGGCAACUCCGUACGCAUGGGUAUUUUUGCGAAGCGUUAUAUCAAGAAAAACGAGGAGCUGACGUUUAAUUACAAUGUCGAUCGUUACGGGCAUCAAGCACAGACUUGCUAUUGCGGAGAGCCGCAAUGCGUUGGAUACAUCGGAGGAAAAACUCAGACAGACGUGUCGGCUAUGGAUGACCUAUAUCUUGACGCUCUUGGUAUAACCGACGAAUCCGAGCUUAUGGAGUAUAAGGGCACCAAAAAGAGAAAGGGCAAGAAACUUGAUGAUCCUGAUUUCCUGCCGCAAAUGAAAUCUAUCACGUUGAAGGACGUACCGAAGGUGGUCCAGGCUAUACGGCAGACGACGAGUCGAAAGGUUUUAUAUAAACUUCUCACACGUAUGAAGAUUACCGAAGACCAAACUGCGCUGAGGCAAAUUAUGCGUCUCCGUGGUUUUAGUCUUAUGAAGAAUAUCCUGGAAGACUACUCGGAAGAGACAGAUCUGAUUUGUUUGACUUUGGAGUGUAUGUCAACAUGGCCGUUAGUGUUUCGCAACAAGGUGGAGGACUCUCAGGUCAAUGUACCUGUCAAAUCUUGUGUCCAAUCAGAGAACGAGGCUGUUAAGGAGUUAGCGUCAAAGCUCAUAGCACACUGGGAUACGUUAAAAUUGGGUUAUCGGAUACCCAAACGUGCAAAAGCGGAUAUCGAGAAGGACCGUCCGGCGCCCCGGGCUCCUGUUUAUCUAUCUGAUAACGAAUCGUCCUACAAACACAACAGGCCUCCCCCGAAACGCAAGCGAAUCGAGCGAAUUCCCGCUGAAGUCUUCUUCGACAUUUCACCGCCUGCUUGGCGAGGUAACUACCCGCGGGAAGAUCCAAAUGCCCUUACCCGACCAAUGUCUCCUGACAUAAUAGAGCGUCAGCGGGUAAUGGAAAAGAUAGAGGAAGUGUACAAGAAAGAGAAAGUCGAUGCGAUUAUUACUGCUGCUGCUGAGGCACAACGGGUAGCCUCAGAGGAGGCUGCACGGGCUGCCGCAGAGGCGGAAGAGAAAGUCAAGGCGGCGGCAGCGGCGAAGGAGGCACGAGCAGCAAAGAAGAAGCAGCAUCACAGCUCACACCAUAGCCCACAGAAAAAAUUGGAGACGUCCGAGCAGAAAGAGGCUAACAAGGAGAAGAGGUUAUUGAAGCUCGUUGGUGCUGUAGUCGUGAAAUGCAUGUCGAAGUAUGCCAGAUCGAUGGAGCAUGAUGUGUUUAAGAAGUAUGCGAAGGAGCUUACACAUAUCAUUGCUGAGAAAGAGAAGAGGUCACACAGCUACCGGGAUGGGAAAUUGGAUGCUCUCUCGGAUGAGAAGGUUGCGAAGAUGAAGAAAUUCGCCAAGGAGUACAUUGCAAAGAUUUUAAGGAAGUCAGAGAAGCGGAAACGGACAAAUGCUAUUAUAGAAGCAACUCCUUCUCGGUCAGCUGAUACACCUAAUUCAACGGGAGGGGGCGACUUCGUGGACAUACCGAUGACGAUGGAGGAUGCGAUGGAUGUUGCAGAUUAUGGGAGCGAUGAUGAUGACGGACCCAGUAUUAUGGUUCCUGGAGAUGGUGACGAUGAUGGUAAGAGUCCGAUGGAGGUGGACCCGCCAGAAUUUUCGGAUCCUCGAUUACGUGCCUCAUGACCUGAUACUCACAUUUUGUUCUCUCAUCCCUACGGCAUUAAAUUUAUGGAUUUCUUAAGUACCUUGGAAUAACGAGCGUGCUACUUUUGUCGAGGUCAUGAUGACCACCCACCCAGUGGUGGACGUCUGGAACAUUUCCAGCGGACGCUGCUUGUAGAUUCACGGCUUCGUAUCUGAUCUAAUCAAUUUUU